AUGUAAACGAUGGAUUCCUUCAACUGCUUCUCGCAUCAUCACCCCUGCUAAGAAUCUUCCUUGAAACUACGCAAUGUCCACGAAGUCCAUUCCUGUUUUAACGCUCGAUGGUGCUCGCACAGCACUGGCUGCCGCCGAACAGCGCGCCAAAGAAAUAGGCGUCCCUAUGAACAUCGCCAUCGUCGAUUCUUCGUGCCAUCUUCUGGCCUUUGCGCGCAUGGAGGGAGCGAAAAUCACGUCCAUCGACAUCGCCAUCGACAAAGCCUUCACCGCAGCAGGGCAUCGCGCGCCGACGUCAAUUUACAAGGAGAACGUAUGGCCUGGCGGUCCGGCAUUUGGUAUAUGGAAUAGCAAUGGGGGAAGGUUUAUGACAAUUGCAGGAGGUGUACCCAUAAAGCAAGACGGCGUGGUAGUCGGUGCUGUUGGUUGUAGCACAGGAACUCCGGCACAGGACGAAGAUGUUGCGAAGAAAGGUGUCGAGGCUGUGGAACGAGGCUUCAAGCCAAAAGCGAAGCUAUAGAAGCAACUCAAGAAGUACAGCCCCCCCUUUUGAGAAAGGAAUCUAUUGGUUUCAUAGGACGGACUCGUUGCGGGCAUGGAAAUCGUUCCGCAUCGACUCAGAGUCAGCACUGUAGGUCCUUAUCUGUAGACUAAUCAUACCAUUUUCUCCUCA